UUGGUCCAAACCUGAUUCCGGUAGGGCAGCCGUCCAACUAAGGACCGAGGGGGAAAAACAGAGACGAAGAACUGUCAGUUUCCGAAAUAAAGACAGCAUUUCAAUCUGGUUUGGUCAAUAGGUUGUGAGUGUGAUGGCGUCGGGCAGUACGAGCAGUGAGGAGGAGAGGAGUCUGAGGGAGUGUGAGCUGUAUGUGCAGAAACAUAACAUUCAACAGCUGCUGAAGGACUGCAUCGUACAGCUAUGUACCUCCCGGCCAGACAGACCCAUGGCCUUCCUCAGAGAGUACUUCGAGAGGCUGGAGAAGGAGGAGGCUAAGCAGAACCUACAGCUGCAGAAGUCCAACUCUCGCUCCGACUCCCGCGAGGAUGAGGUGUCUCCUCCCAUGAAUCCCGUGGUGAAGGGGCGGCGGCGGCGCGGUGCCAUCAGCGCCGAGGUCUACACAGAGGAAGACGCCGCCUCCUACGUCAGAAAGGUCAGGGGGGGUCAGCCCUCAGCCAAUCACGCAUCGCUACAGGUUAUUCCUAAAGACUACAAAACGAUGGCCGCCCUGGCUAAAGCCAUUGAGAAGAACGUGCUGUUUGCCCACCUGGACGACAACGAGAGAAGUGACAUCUUUGACGCCAUGUUUUCUGUUACCUACAUCGCCGGGGAGACGGUCAUUCAGCAAGGUGACGAGGGAGAUAACUUCUACGUCAUUGACCAGGGAGAGAUGGAUGUGUAUGUGAACAAUGAGUGGGUGACCAAUAUUGGGGAGGGGGGCAGCUUUGGCGAGCUAGCCCUGAUCUAUGGGACCCCCAGGGCCGCCACGGUCCGAGCCAAGAGCAACGUCAAACUGUGGGGCAUCGACAGAGACAGUUACAGGAGGAUACUCAUGGGAAGCACUUUGAGAAAGCGUAAGAUGUAUGAGGAAUUCCUCAGCAAGGUGUCCAUUUUAGAGUCUCUGGACAAGUGGGAGAGGCUGACGGUAGCUGAUGCUCUGGAGACCGUUCAGUUUGAGGACGGACAGGAGAUCGUGGUUCAGGGUGAACCUGGAGAUGAGUUCUUCAUCAUCCUGGAGGGUUCAGCGGCUGUACUCCAGAGACGGUCAGAGAAUGAAGAGUUUGUGGAGGUGGGCAGACUGGGGCCCUCGGACUAUUUUGGUGAGAUCGCCCUGUUGAUGAACCGUCCCCGUGCUGCGACCGUGGUCUCCCGCGGCCCUCUGAAGUGUGUGAAGCUGGACCGCCCGCGGUUCGAACGCGUUCUGGGGCCCUGCUCAGACAUCCUGAAGAGGAACAUUCAGCAGUACAACAGCUUUGUCUCUCUCUCCGUCUGAGUCCCUCCAUUCUUCUAUCGCUCUAUCCCUCCACUCCUUCGCCCUCUGGCUCCCCCCCCCCCUCCCGGCUCAUCCCUCCUUCCUUAACAACGGGUUCCACCAAUGAUCUGUUUAUUUUCUUCAUGUUUCUAACCCUCCACCCGGGGCUCCAGAUCACUUGGCUGGGACUUUGUUGUUGUUCUGGUGUUAUUGUAUUUGCUAUGAACCCAGAUUCAUUUGAUUUGACACGUAUGCAAUGAACUCUGUUGGAGGGCACAAUAUUUCUGUAGUAUUUUAAUGUCAACUAUGAAGACAGGAUGAGUUGUCUCUGUAGUGUUCAGACGGUAACAGGUUAGAGAGGGUCUGUUCAGACCCAGGGUUCCAAUAGAAUUACAAUGUGGUUCCAUUAGGGUUAGUUCCAUUACUGUUCACCCAGUGUUCUCUCUGACACCGGGUCAAAACUAAGGCCUUGUAAUGUGUGGACUAGACACACCAUGAGUCUGUCCUGGUUAGGGUCCAGAAGACCUUGUAAUGUGUGGACUAGACACACCAUGAGUCUGUCCUGGUUAGGGUCUAGAAGACCUUGUAAUGUGUGGACUAGACACACCAUGAGUCUGUCCUGGUUAGGGUCCAGAAGACCUUGUAAUGUGUGGACUAGACACACCAUGAGUCUGUCCUGGUUAGCGUCCAGAAGACCUUGUAAUGUGUGGACUAGACACACCAUGAGUCUGUCCUGGUUAGGAUCCAGAAGACCUUGUAAUGUGUGGACUAGACACACCAUGAGUCUGUCCUGGUUAGAGCCCAGAAGACCUUGUAAUGUGUGGACUAGACACACCAUGAGUCUGUCCUG